AACGAUACACGUGUGAAAAAACUUUUGAGUUGGAAAACCGAGCUCGGUUCAAUCCCUCGUUCCCCCCCGAGCCAUGGCCUCCUUGGACUCCGACGUGCCCAUGGUCCCAGCCGGCGAGCCUUCAAGCAGCGCCGGUCCUUCCUCCUCCAAAAAGUGCAAGCACUUCGAGAUCAAGAAGUGGAACGCCGUCGCUCUCUGGGCCUGGGAUAUCGUGGUCGAUAACUGUGCCAUUUGCAGGAACCAUAUCAUGGAUCUCUGUAUUGAGUGCCAAGCUAAUCAGGCUAGCGCCACCAGCGAGGAAUGUACGGUUGCUUGGGGGGUUUGCAACCAUGCCUUCCAUUUCCAUUGCAUCAGCCGAUGGCUCAAAACUCGUCAAGUGUGUCCUUUAGAUAACAGCGAGUGGGAGUUUCAGAAGUAUGGUCACUAGAAUCUUCAAGCAUGUGCAUCCGGAAUUCUGCUGCUGCUACUGCAAUGCUACGAAAUACUGGCUCUUUUGUCCAUUUUCAUGAUCCAUUUACUUAAUUAUGCCGUAGUUGUCAUGUUUUCAAGAAUCAUAUGGGCUGUAUGACUGACUUCUGCUUGAUUGAGACGUAUCAAGUGCGAUAUUUGAAAGUUCCCUAAA